AUGGAUCCAUCAUGGUCUUUUCGCUCUUGGGUUAUCCACCAUGAAGUUGCUAUUCUGUCACUGGCUGCUGCAAUAAUAUUGGUCAUUUCGUACUCUCUAAACAGCUGCGCGUUGCGCCGUAGGAUGCCUCCAGGCCCGGCUGGAUUACCUCUUAUCGGGAACAAGCACCAAUUGCCAGCCCGAAAGCCGUGGCGUGCUUUCGAAGAGCUGAAUAAACGGCCCGUUGUGUCUCUCUUCUUCGGAAAUACACCUGUCAUUGUUUUGGGUACUGCUCAGGCGGCGUGGGACCUGCUGGAAAAGAGAUCCGAUAAAUACUCUAGCAGACCACGGUUUAUCGUGGCCGGCGAAAUUCUUUCAGACAACAUGCGAGGAUUAAUGCUCCCAAAUAACGAAGAGUGGAGAAAAUGGCGUAAGAUUCUUCAUACUGGAUUUCAUCUGCGUCAAGCAGCGAAGUACAAAUCCAUUCAAACACUUGAAUCGAAAAUCACAAUGCAACAACUGGUCGAAAAUCCAAAAGACUACGAGAAGUAUAUUCAAAGGUAUGCCGCUUCGGUCGUAACCUCAGUAACGUAUGGUAGACGUGUUGAGAGUGUCGAUGAAUGGAUAGUGGCGGAAAACAUGGCUGCAAUGGAUUAUCUGAUUAGUGUCAACAUUCCGGGAAAGUAUAUCGUCGAGUCUUGGCCAUGGCUCCUCAAACUUCCAAAAUUCCUGCAAUGGUUCCGGCGUGAACCAGAAGUACAGAAAGCAAGGGACAUUAAACUACUUACUCACCUAGUUGAGGACGUGAAAGAGCGUAUGGCGAAAGGGACCAUCCCCGAUUGCUUGACUGUUGAAGCAUUACAGAACCAACAGAAAAUUAGCAUGAGUGACACGUACUUAGCCUAUUCUGUGUCUUCGCCAUUUGGUGCGGGUAUUGAAACCACCUCCGGGACGUUGAUGUCUUUCAUACUUGCAAUGUUGCAUUUCCCCGAAGUGAAGAAAAGAGCACAGUCUGAAAUUGAUUCCGUCCUCGGUCCCGAUCGCAUGCCAGAAUACGAGGACUACGACAACCUUCCGUACAUUGCAGCGAUAGUCAAUGAGACGCUCCGGUGGCGUCCUAUUGCAGUGCUUGGUGGUCAACCGCAUGCGUCUACGGCUGAUGAUGUCUACAAUGGAAUGUAUAUUCCAAAAGGCUCAACGGUCUUCGCGAACCUUGCGGGGAUCAUGAAUGAUCCCGUCAUGUUCCCAGACCCAGGAGAAUUUCGUCCAGAACGAUUCAUCAAUGCAAAGGAUCCGCGCAUGGCAAUUUUCGAUCUUCCUUUUGGUUUCGGACGUCGAAUCUGUCCUGGAUUGCACCUUGCACGCAACUCGCUAUUCAUCAACAUCGCACGUCUCCUGUGGGCUUUUGACAUUCUACCUGCGUUGGAUGAAAACGGAAAGGAGAUCAUACCUGACUCGUGGAACUACACGGAUGGCUUCAAUUCGAAGCCUGUUACCUUUGAUUGUCGUUUCAUCCCGCGGAGUGAAAGAGUGGUCGAGACAAUUAAGAGUGAAUAUGAUGCUGCACAGGGAAAGUUAGCGAGCUGGUCGUGGUAG